AUGUCUUCUGCUCCACCUCCAGCGACGCCUGUCGAGCCUCCGGUGACCCCCACGUCGUCGCCUCCUACGCCGCCGAUCUCGAACACUGGCGGCGGCGGCGGUGGUGGUGGUGGUGAUGGCAGCACGUCUGAGCAGCCACCGAACCCUCCCUCAACUACGCAGCAGCCGCCUGAGCCCCCUACCACUAGCCUGCAGCCCAUCGAGACGCCAACCACGAGCGAGAACCAGCCUCCCAGCACCACAGACCGGCCUCCUCCUGAAACCACGACGCAGAACGAGCAAUCGACUACGAGACAGAAUGAGCAGCCGUCGACGUUUGAGGAACAGCAGAGCACAACCUCGACCUCGCGCGGGCAGACGAGCACGACGGUUGUCCACGCGGACGGAGGCACGUCGUUCAAGUACGUCACCGUGACGGACAGUCGUGGACUGGCGCACACGUCAGCCGUCGCCAUGACCCCCCACAAGAACAACACGCCUGCGAUUGUCGGCGGUGUCGUCGGCGGCGUGGGUGGCGCCCUGGCCAUUGCUGGGAUCAUUGCCUUCCUCCUCUAUCGCCGGAAGAAGAACCGCGACGUCGCUUUUGACGAGAAGAUGUUCGACCCGCACCACUCGACGAGACACUCGCAGAUUGACCCGCUCGACCUUGCGGAGCCCACGUCACCGAGUGUCGGCAUGCCUGGCGAGCCGACCACCAUCGAGCCAUUCCCGUACGAACCACAGGGGCAAUACGACUACGACCCAUACCGCGCGGCCGGGCCAAUGCAUGGCAUGCAGGUCGGCGACACGAUGCAGAUGCACGGCAUGAGCAUGCCCGAGGCCAGCGACUACAUGUAUGGCAACAACAACUACGGGUAUGCCGCUGCUGGGGCGGGCGCUGGCAUGACUGCCGCCGAGAUGAAGCAUCGCGAAGCGACAGGCUCGCUGUCGCCCCAGCAGACUGGCCUGAGCUCGUCCGCUGGCGGCAGCCGCAACAGCCACUACGAGGACGCAUAUAGCCAGCACCACCACCAGGCGUACCAGGGGUACCAGCCGUACCCAACCUCGCCGCAGCGCUCGGCACCCAGCGACGGGGCGCCGGGCUUGUACCAGCACACGGACAUGCUGAGCGAGCCGAGCGAUGACAUGCAGGAGAUUCCGCCCAACUACGACUCGAUCCGCCGCUAG